AGCUUUGAGGCGUUCCUGUCUGGGAUGGACGGACAUAUUUGAGCGACACCCAAAGCGCUAGCGUUUCCGGCCAGCUCAGCGCGUCCGGAGUGUUGUGUUGUCAAUCUAGCUACUGCUGUCAUUAGCUUUCACUUAGCGACACUGUGGCGAUCACUAGUGGUGGACAAUAACAAAUUCAGUUCCAAAAUGGUGCUGCUGACAAUGAUCGCUCGGUUGGCGGAUGGACUGCCGCUUGCCGCCUCAAUGCAGGAGGACGAACAGUUGGGUCGGGACCUGCAACAGUACCAGAGCCAGGCUAAACAGCUGUUCAGGAAACUGAAUGACCAGAGUCCCACACGUUGCACAUUAGAGGCAGGCUCCAUGUCCUUUCACUACGUCAUAGAAAAAGGAGUAGUCUACCUUGUGCUCUCUGAAGCAAGCUUUCCCAAAAAACUUGCCUUUGCUUACCUGGAAGACCUGCAGGCAGAGUUCCAUGAACAGCACGGGAAGAAGGUCCCCACUGUGUCCCGGCCGUACUCCUUCAUUGAGUUUGACACCUACAUUCAGAAGACCAAGAAGUCGUACAUAGACAGCCGAGCCCGUAGGAACCUGGGCAGCAUCAACACAGAGCUGCAGGACGUCCAGAGGAUCAUGGUGGCCAACAUUGAGGAAGUAUUGCAACGAGGGGAGGCCUUGUCUGCUCUGGACUCCAAGGCCAGUAAUCUGUCCAGCCUGUCGAAGAAGUACAGAAGCGAUGCCAAGUACCUGAACACUCGCUCCACCUAUGCUAAGCUGGCCGCAGGCGGGGUCUUCUUCAUCAUGCUUAUCGUCUACAUCCGCUUCUGGUGGCUCUGAGAGAGGAGAGGAGAGGAGAUAGAGGGGUUGGAGAAGAAGAGCUGGAAGAAGUUGAGCUCUGGUCUCACAUUCUAUCCAAUAUGGGAUCCCUCCUUUUAACACAAGACUGUUGAAGACUUAUUUUUCCCAACUGUCUGUCCAUAUAUCUAUAAAGUAAUUACAUGUUAUGUUUUAUUAGCAAUUACGUAGUCAUCCUGUAGUGGUUAUACCUUGGAGUUGAAAGAGUGUGAGUAUUGCAUGUGAGAAUGUGACAGAGGAAAUGUUUGUUUUCCUGUGUGUGUGUGUGUGUGUGUGUGUUACCAAAACCUGUAUGAUGACAAAUCUUCUCUUAUCAAUUUAGUUCUGUAUAGCAGGAAGAAAGAGAAAAUCUACAUAAUUGUAUUUACCCAGAGGACAUCAUAAGGGCUUUGCCGUUAAUAACACUACUAUUAUUAUGUUGGCAUUGUGGUUUGGUGGAGAUUUCUUGAAGGUUAACCUCCUGUUCUGGGGUGAUCAAUCACAUUACAUGUGAUAUUGGCUGCAGAAAUAAUAUUCCUCAUUCACCUUCAUCUUCACACUGAGAGAUUGGAACAGUUUAUCACCAGACCAGACACGUUCAUCGGUUGAUAUCUAAAGGGGGCAUCUUUUAUUUUGUAAAAAGUUUACACAAGUGAAGACACCAUGUUAAAAAAAAUAAAAAUAAAUCAGGAUGAGAAUUGUAGCUAGUUUGUUAUGUAACUGGCUUAUGCUAAUCAGCGGCUGGAUAGGCUAAUGAAUAUCAACUUCACUGUUUCAUCUGCUAUAAAUAAAAUGAUUUUCACUAAA